CAGCUGUGAAUUUGUAGAUUUCUUUCACUUUUUACUUUGAUUUUGCUUUUCAGUUCCAUUUUUCAAAUGGAUAAACACAAUCAGGCAAUUGAUUAGUGAAAGUGAUAUUUAAGCAGUUGCAAUAUAGUAAUGGGAGCAUGGAAACAGUUAAGGCAAUAUCUAAAGUGAUUCCUUUAUCUAAGGUUACAGACGAUCCUAGUUUUUCGCUAAGUGAGGGAACAAUCUCUCGAUUAAAAUCAAUUGCAAAUGAUGAGGUUAUUAAUGACUUGCUUUUGAUUCUCACUGAGGAGAAAUCUUUACUUGAGACGAAGAUAACGAUUAUAAUAUAUGUUCAAGUUAUUUUUCAAAAUUUGAAAGAAAACCAGAGAGUGUUGUUAUUUACAAAAUUGGUUGAGCUGUUAGAUUUUCCUACAGAUCAAAUAAACUGGAAGUGGCAAUCAAGAGAUUUUAAUGUUGAGAAUUCCGACAGUUAUAAAUUGAAGAUAAGAGACUAUGAUUUGGUAAAACAGAACGAGUUUAAAUUACUUUCAACGUAUUAUUUAAAAUUGCUUGAACAUAUUUUAAAAUCUUCAAACUAUAAGAUUAGACUGAUAGGAAACAUAGCGAACAGUGAUGAAGAAAUAAAUGAAUUGAAUUUUAAAUUAAUUAAAAAUUUGGGUUAUUAUUACAUGAGAUCAACUCCAUGGUGUUCAAAUUUUAGCAAUCAAAAAGCUAUAAGCUUGUUGAACAAUUUCAAAGAAAAUAAUUACUAUACUAAAAAUGAUGGUGAAAAUGAAGAGGAAAAGGCAAGUGAAAAUUGCAAUAAAUUUAUUGAAAACAGAAUAUACAAAGAGUUAAUUAAAAACUUUAGCAAACUUAAAGAAAAUAACAAAAUUCAUAAAUCCAUUAGCAAAAUGGGUUAUAGGAAAAAUGAAGUUGAUAGGGGAGUUAAACCUAAUUAUACACUUCGAGAUGUCGAUGAAUUCAAGAAAAAGCAAAUGAGCGAAUAUAAGAGAGAAGAUUGGACAAAAAGUGAAAUUAAAAAUGUAUCAUUAUUAUUAUAUUUCAUCAAUACUUUUAUUAAAAGAGAUAGCACCGAGAAAUAUGUUAAAGAACAUUGGAGUUUUUUAAUCCCAUCAAUACUUAAUAUACUUGAUGAUAUCAAUUGUUUAAUAAAGAUCAAAGGAUGCGAGCUAUUAUCAGCACUAUUGGAUAAGAUAAAUGAGUGUGACACUGGUGCUCUUGACAAGAUUUCUCAUUAUGAUAGUGGAAAUUAUUUAAUUAAAACAGGAGUUGGACCAAUUUUUAUAGACACAAUAACUCCAAUAUUAACAUACCUACCUCCAUUUAUUUCUGCUGAAGAAAGUUUGGUAGUUGUACCGAUUGGAUUUAAAAUAAUCAUUAAAAUUUUGAAUAAACUAUACAAUUACAAAAAAGAUAAAGAAAAAUUUCAGAAAAAACUAAUUGAAUUAAUUAACAAAGAAAUAAUAGAAAGAUUAAAAUAUUUUAAUUUUGCAAGUUAUAAGGCGGAUAACAAUGAUAAAAUUGAUGCCACUGAUAAUGCAUUGAAAAUGAUACUAAUUUAUUUGGAUGUGCUUGAUGAAAUAAUUGAAAGAUAUUUAGACAUUCAAAUAGUACUAAUAAUCAACGAUUUAUUGAAUGGGGUUGUUUUACAGUAUUUGAAAAAUCCAGUUUUUUUGAAUUGUGAAAUCAAAAGUGAUACUAAUUUGUUAAUAAUAGAAAAGCUAUUAAUAAUUUUGAUUAAAAUAAUGAUAAUUUGCCAUCAAAGAAUAGAAAAAAGGAAAUAUGAUAUUUUAGGUGGGGUUUUAUAUUUUUGGAGCAAUUUUGUUAAUAAAAAAAAUGAUUUUAUAAAUGAUUUUGGAGAGGAUAAAAUAUUGGGUGAUGAUUUUCGAAAAAUAUAUGAAAUUUCAACAGAAAAAAAAGAUAGAGCUGAAGAUAAGAAGAUUAAAAAAAUUCAUAAUUUAGUCAAAGAUUCUAUGGAUGUCUUGGCUGAGUGCUGUGCGAAUAAAGAGCAGUUAAAAGACGAUUUCAAAAAAAUAGUAGAAUGUAGGGAAGAAUAUCGAGAUGUUCUUCCUGAAUUAUAGUCUAUAAUAGAAAGCGAAUUGAAACGAGAAAUGUUC